AUGGUUAGAACGUGUUUUGGUUGCUCGCCGUUUUUCAUGGUUACUGGUGCGCAUCUGCUGAUUCCGCUCGACGUGCAAGAAGCUACAUGGUUAGUUAAAUUACCAGAUCAUGUUUUAACUACAGAAGAGCUUAUUGGCUAUAGAGCAAGAGCGUUGGCCAAACACAGGGUUCACGUCACAGAUAUGUGA